ACGAGAUUGUUACAAUAUCAAAUAACUCGGCGUGUUGUGAAGCUUCGAGAGGAGAGGAGGCCAGGCAAAACCCAAAUCAAAUUUCGCCUUCGUCGUCGUCUUAUCGUCUCAGAUUUGACUCCAUGUCGGCGGCGCUCGCGGUGACGGACGAGGUGGCCCUGCCGAUCCGGGCGGUGGGGGAUCUAGCGGCCGCCGCCGAGGUCUCGCGGGAGGAGGUCGCCGUCAUCACCCAGUGCGCGGCGCUCGGUGGGAAGUUGCCUUUUGAAGAUGCAUCAGUUGGUGCGGUUCUUGCAGUCAUUAAAAACGUGGAAAGCUUGAGGGAGCAAUUGGUUGCUGAAAUCAGGCGGGUGCUGAAAGCUGGUGGAAGAGUAUUGGUGCAGAGCCCUGCACCCUCAUCCAGUCAGAAGCCGAACACUGAUAUUGAGCGCAAGUUACUGAUGGGUGGAUUUGCUGAAGUGCAAUCUUCUGCUGCAAGCUCGCAGGAUAGCGUGCAAUCUGUUACAGUUAAGGCAAAGAAGGCUAGCUGGAGCAUGGGCUCUUCUUUUCCCCUUAAGAAAACAACAAAAGCCCUUCCCAAGAUUCAAAUUGACGACGACUCUGAUCUGAUUGAUGAAGACAGUCUCUUGACUGAGGAGGACCUGAAGAAACCACAACUUCCAGUUGGUAGAGCAACAAAACCCGUCAACUUAGUUCAACUCCUUGGGGACUGUGAGGUGGGGGCAGCAAAGAAAGCAUGCAAGAACUGUACUUGUGGCAGGGCUGAGGCCGAGGAGAAGGUUGGGAAGCUGGAGCUCACUGCGGAGCAGAUCAAUAACCCUCAGUCAGCUUGUGGCAGUUGUGGGUUGGGUGAUGCCUUCCGCUGUGGAACCUGUCCCUACAGAGGUCUUCCACCAUUCAAGCCUGGCGAGAAGGUUUCCUUGUCUGGCAACUUCCUUGCUGCUGACAUAUGAUGGCAUCGCCAACAUCGGCAAAACAAGGAGACGGGGGUACCUACGUUGUUAGUCGACUGAACUGCAUUCCAAAUAGCUUCUGUUAGCCAAUGCGAAUUUGCGUGUGAGUGACUUGUCUUUUGGAUGAUAUAUAAGCGCCUCUACACAAACACAAGUGUGCAUCAGUGCAUGUGUUUUCAGAUUGAUUUUGUGAGCCUGGA